CUUUUCCUUGUUCUAUUUGUUUUUAACUUUGAAUAUGAAAUUUAUUUAGUAAUAUAUAAUUAACUGGUAAGAUAGUGUCUCUGAAAUAUGAUACAUGGAGAAAGUAUGAGUAAUAUGUUACGUUGAAAAGAGCGAUGUGGAAGUUCCAUAUCAUAGAUGGUGCCGUCACUUGCUGAUCACGUGUAACAUGUUUGGCCAAUUGCAUGGACGCGAGAUCCCUAUACGUGGCAUGAAGCACGAAUCCUCUUCCACGUCCGCCAUUUUGGUAGUAUAAAUAUCUAAGGGUUCUGGGUUAAUGUACUUGCUUUUCGUGAAGAUUUUGGGUGUUUGACCGCCAGAAGUUUUCCACAUUACAAGUGAUUCGACUAGUUCGCGUUUUGUUGGGAGGAGACACACAAGAACAUCUGUCUAUAUACAUAAUAUAAAUAAAGAGAAAUCAUAAUGGGGAAUAUGUUCGCAAAUCUCUUCAAAGGCCUUUUUGGCAAAAAGGAAAUGAGGAUAUUGAUGGUCGGAUUAGAUGCUGCAGGAAAAACCACAAUUUUAUAUAAACUGAAAUUAGGUGAAAUUGUUACUACAAUUCCAACGAUUGGAUUUAACGUUGAGACGGUAGAGUAUAAGAAUAUCAGUUUCACAGUUUGGGAUGUUGGUGGUCAAGAUAAAAUUCGACCCCUUUGGCGGCAUUACUUUCAAAAUACACAGGGAUUGAUCUUUGUUGUUGACAGUAAUGACAGGGAACGUAUAGGUGAAGCGAGGGAAGAAUUGAUGCGAAUGCUGGCAGAAGAUGAAUUAAGGGAUGCUGUAUUACUUAUUUUUGCUAACAAACAAGAUCUCCCAAAUGCCAUGAAUGCUGCUGAAAUCACAGACAAACUUGGCCUUCAUUCUCUUCGAAAUCGUAAUUGGUAUAUUCAAGCAACUUGUGCUACUAGUGGGGAUGGUUUAUAUGAGGGGCUUGACUGGCUCUCCAACCAGCUGAAGAAUGCUAAUCGCUAAAGAUGGUAUUACCAUCUCCAGAACCUCUCCAUUUAAAAUGUUAAGAAGAGAAAUGCAUUAGGUUAAAGAAUGUUCCGCAUAUUGACCGUGAAUGUCAUAAAGCUCAGUAAGUUAUCUUCGACCUGUGAAAUGCUCUGUACAGCUGUUAUAUUUGGACUAUUAAGGGAUGCAUUAUACAUAUUUAUAUUAGUGAACAGUUGUCAUUUGUGUGAUUUUUGUGGAUAAGACUAUUCAUGAUCUCACAAUGAUUUUCUAAGAUAGGAUGCCUGAAAUUAAAUCCUCUUGUGUAACUGUGUGGAUGAAAUCUACUUAGUAAAGUUUGCUUCUGAUAUUUAAUGCUAAAUUGGUAUGUAUAUUUUUUCUGGAACAUAGUCUAUUUAAUGUAUGGGAGAUUAUCUCCUCUACUUCAAUAUAACAACCAAUUGAUUGAAAUUCAAAAUUUACUUUCUACAAUUAAUCUGAGUAUUUGUUUGUGGGAUCAUUUGAAGGGUCAUACAUAUCUGUGUUUUUGACAUUGACGGUGUCGGGACAAACUUCCAGAACUGACACGUGUGUUAUGGACUUGGUACGUGGAUAAACUACUGGAGUUAAGGAGUUUGCAUGCAAUGCAAUGUAUUAUUGCUUUUUUGGAACGUUGAUUUACAUGCAUCCUCCUGUUUGCUUACUACAUGGAAGGCAGACUAGAUCCAUUAACUCGUGAAGAAGGGUAAUGUUUCUGAGAGAGAAGGUAAAAGAUGGUGACUGUUUUGUUUUCAAAGUGGCAGUAUAUACAAGAAAAUCCAAAGUAUGCAGAACUUGUUACAUGGAAAGUGAUAAAACGUAACCCCUCCCCUCUGAAGAAAGAGGUGAUCAUAUAUUGUGCAUUAAAGUAGGUCUUGCUUUCUUUUUACUGAAGUGGAGAAUAGUUGCUAGUUACUGAUUGUGUGAACAUUGGAUGGUGUGUUAAUGUGUUUAAUGGAAGUGAAGCUACUUGUUAUAUUCCAAAUGACCAGGGUUUUAUUUCUUUAGUCCGAUGGCUGCAAUGAUGGAUACCUUGAGCUGUUCUGAAGACUGAUGAUUUUAAAUGUGUUAUUUCAAACAAAAAAAGAAAAAAACAGAAAAGGAAAAAAAGAAAGAAAAAAUAUUGUGAUUAAAACUUGUUCUUUUUCUCUGAGGGUGAGGGGGGAGUUAUCAAAGUAAUGACAAAAUGAACUGUAAGAACUAUGCACCAUACAAUUAAAAAUUACAUCAACAUAGGUGUUGGAUUUUAUAAAUGAGUAACCAGUUUUUCAAUCUCCCUGGAGAUAAUAGCAAGAUUUUGGUUUUGUAGUAUUUACGAAAAGCACACAGCAUCUGGUAGAUUGUAUUAUAAGAAAUGUUGACAUUCCGCAAUUUCAUCUUGUGCUGUCAGAUUUGAGCCAAUUCUAUGAAAUAGUGCUAUAUUCUGCUGUUUUUCAUUCAGUAUUUUAAAGAUUUGUUCUAUUCGUAAUUCAACGAGUAAUGGCAAAGUAAACAUGCAUUCCAGGUAUAUUUUGUAUUAAGUAGUUUUGCUUUAAAAAUACCAGGAAAUAGAACUUACAUAUGCGGUGUGAAGUGAAAUUUUACAAGAUUGUAAUUCAUUCUCACAUUAUUUGUAUGUUAUACCUUGUAGCUAAUGGUAAAAAAUGUUGAUUGACAUCCAAAUGUUAUGAGAGACUUUUAUUUCAUCAGAUUACAUUUUGUUUGAGUACUAGGAAUGCAUUUUACUCUGAAGAGUUUAGGAUUGGGGAGAAUUAAAUCCUAUGGGAUCUUUUUCUUGCAGGUAAGAUUUUAGAAAUUGCAGUAAACCUUAAUUUUCCUUCCAAAGUUAUGUAAGCAUGCCAUUCUUGUGAAAUAUAUUGUAUUUGUGCUUUGAUUGUCUUGUUCACAAUAAGAUGAAUCCCAUUUGCACCCUCUUCCCUUCUGUUAAGAGGGUGCCAUAUAGCGUUCCAUCAAAAGUACAGGAUUCAGUGCAUAGGUAAUUACAAAGGGGUUUGCAUUGCUAAUUUAAAUGGAAUUAAUAUGUGGUUUAAGCAUGAUAAAAUGUAAAGUUUUGAAUGUCAGUGAAACCUUUGUGAAAGUACACUUGCUUAUCAUGUGAGGUUAGUGAAGUGAACAGUGCAAUGUUGCAGAAACUAGAUUGACUAUUUUUCAUACAACUUCUUGGGUUAUGUUGAACUUGGUUAAAUUAUGUAUAUUACUAAGUAAAUAAAAACUUGGUAUCAUGUCAGAAGCUGUUUCUUUGUGUUCAGGAUAAGGUUGCGGAUUACUUUCAAGCCUGACAAACAUGAGUAAAAAAAAAAAUUCCUUAAAUGGAAAGCGUGUAUUUGGGUUUCAUGAUUCAAUAUUUAUUAUUAAAGAUUUGAUAUAUGGGAACUAAUUAAUUAUAGUAAUGUAAUUCUCUAUUGUAAAAACUCCAGGCCUUUGCCCAUUAUACUAUAAAUAUAAACAUAUAACAAAUUUUUAAAAGUUAACAACAAUAAUGAUUACCAUAUUUAUAUGAAUAUAAGUGACUAAAUUUAAAACACAAUUUUGGAGAGACCUCCUGGAUUUUUAAUCAUUGCUUCUAUUCAUAAUCUCAGAAUUGCAAAUGACAUGUUGACUAGAAAUUUCUUUUUGAGGUUCGGUAGUUUUCCAAUUAUCGCAUAAUAAAUUCAUCACAUUAAUUUAUUUGAUCAAUUCCCAGGCACUCGCUUUUUUCCCCUGGAUACAGUAUUUAUUUAAACCUUUUUUCCGAACAACCAAUUUUAACUACUCAUCAUGGUAGGGGUCCAGUUGAGUGUCUGUGAUGAAAUUAUGCUUACAGAUGUACUUUUUGGAUGUGGAUAACAGAAUGCUCUAAUAUAAUUGUUUAUCAUAACAAACCCUUUUAAAAUACUCAUUUUUUUAAAAUUAUUACAGUACUUACUUUACCUGGGUACUUUCAUUACACAGUUUUGAACAGAUGCUAAACCUUUGUUUCCUACUGCUUUCUCUAGGGCAAAUGUUUUGAGUUCUGGAAGUUGCUGUUUCCCCAAUGUGUGAUAGGCGACAGUUUUUCAAUCCUGUUUGACUGUGUCCUAAAGUUUGGUGUUCAUGCCAAAUCCUUAGCAAUAUAAAUAAGUAAUGGUAUGAUCUUAUGUUUUCUAAAAUUAAGGUCAGCAUGUCGGGGCACCUGUCAUUAUGCAAUUUUCCCACAAGACCUGGACUCCACAUGACUUCAAAAACUCGCCCUUGGACACUUGGACUCUUUGAAACCCACACCUGGAGUCUGUGAAGGAGUUGUUCUUAGAAUCACACUCUCGUCAGAGAGAGAUAAAGACGUUGAGCGAUCCAAAAUCAGUCUGUGACACAAUGCGGUCGUCAAGUAAUCAACCAAAUACCAGAAAAUGCAAUGUUACAUGCAGAAUAUGAGACUUGGAUCCAAUGGAUCCCGGUUGCCAGGAUAAGGGUUAAUUUCCCUUUUGGAGUGAGGGCAUGGUUUUCUUAAUACCAAUCGUUGUCGAGAUACUUUGAAUAGUGAUUACAACAUUAUCAGAGGUCAUUGCACCAGGAAUUCCCCGUAUUGUGGUGUUACUGUAAUUUUAGUUCCCUAAUUUGGUGAGGUGAUCUUUGAAUGAAUCAACAUUGUUUUCAUUCAGCAAGUAGCCUUGUUUUCCAAACCUUCAACAAAUACAGCAUCUGGUUAUCCACCCUUUCUCUUUGUAUCUGAAAACAAGCUCCAUUUGCUAUUUCUCUUUUGGCGUUUUUCCUAGACAAUCAAAUUCAGAGGCAACUUCCUGUCAGAGAACACGGCAUAUAACUAUUUCUCUACCAGCUUUUUCAUUGCCCUUAGCUUCAACUGCUGCUUUGGAUUUCUUCUUCAGGUAUAAAGGCACUGCCUGUUACACCGCAGUUUCCACCUGGUCACCCCAUCUCUUCUUUGGGUGACCAGAAUUUCUUCGUCCUUGUAGGUGGUAUUGUAGAAUUCUUUUUGGCAGGUGGUUGUUUUGCUUCCUUCCAACGUGCUGGGUCCAAGAAUUUUGGUAGUAAUGUAUUUAAUCUUCCAUAGAAAUCUAAGUUCUUUACGAAUUUCUAUAUUCCUUUUCUUGUCCAUCAGCUUAUAACCACCCACUGAUCUCGGAAAUCUAAUUUCAGCACUUUUGUAGUCUUGUGCUAUCAUUUUUUGGAUAUUGUCCAAUUUUCACUUCCAUAUAAACAUGUGGGGAUACUUCAUACCUUAUAGAAUUUACUCAUAGUACCCUUUCUGACUUUUUUUUUUCUCUCAGGGUUCUCAGUAUUGUUCUGUUCAUAUGAUUUUAGUUUUUCAAUUUUCCCCUGUAUAUCUAUUGCUCCUCUGUAUGACAUUUUGUAUCCUAAGAAAUUGAAACUUGAAACUUGCUCUAUACCUGAAUUAUGUACAACUAAUUUGGAUCUAAUUGUUCUAUCCCUUCAAAGGCUAUGACUUUUGUUUUUGUUGAGGGUAUAUAGAGAUUGUACAUUUCAGUUACCUUUUGUUCAAACAGUGCUUUUUGGAGGAUAUAUUCAUCAUUUGCUAUUAUAAGUUUGUAAUUGUUUCUUUCUUUUCCCAUGUCAUGACUAAGAUUUUAGUGUGGAUAUCAACAUAUUUAAUGCUUCAUCUAAAUAUAAAUUAAAAUGAUUUGGGGAUAGACU